ACCGAAGUAGAAGUUUUUACCACGUUGGUCAAGUGGCAGCAGACUCCUGCGAAGUCAUCAACACACUACGCUUCUUUUACAGCACAUUUUCUGCAGGAGGUUGUUGCACCAGGACAGUUCUGCAGGAGGCUUUAGGGUCACAGAGGCGUCAUGGCAGAAGAGGCCAAGAAACUAGCAGGCUACGCUGCGGUGGAUAACCAUGUCCAGAACAACCAGGUGGUUGGAGUGGGCAGUGGAUCCACCAUUGUGUAUGCUGUAGACAGACUGGCGGAGAGGGUUCGUCAGGAGAAACUCAACAUCGUGUGUGUCCCCACCUCCUUCCAGGCUCGUCAGUUGAUUCUGCAGCAUGGUCUAACCCUAUCGGAUCUGGACAGACACCCAGAGCUGGAUGUGGCCAUCGACGGAGCGGACGAGGUGGAUGCAGCUCUCACACUCAUCAAGGGAGGAGGAGGCUGUCUGACUCAGGAGAAGAUCGUAGCCGGCUGUGCCAAACACUUCAUCGUCAUCGCUGACUUCAGGAAGGACUCCUCGGUCCUGGGCCAGCAGUGGAAGAAGGGUGUUCCUAUUGAGGUGAUCCCUAUGGCCUACGUCCCCGUCUCCAGGACUAUAGCCAAGCGCUUCGGAGGGGAGGCAGUACUCCGCAUGGCCGUCAGUAAAGCUGGUCCUGUGGUAACAGACAACAGUAACUUCAUUCUGGACUGGAAGUUUGAACACGCUCAGAACUGGAAGGAGGUCAAUACCGCUAUUAAGAUGAUACCAGGUGUGGUAGAGACAGGUCUGUUUGUGGGGAUGGCUGAGAGGGUGUACUUUGGGAUGGAGGAUGGCAGUGUUCGUGUGAGAGACCCUCCAGUCAUCUGACCUGUCUGGGAGCUGGCACCUUCCACCAACCUCCCUGUCUGGGACCACCAUCUAAACCACAGUACCUUCUAGUCUGGGACCACCAUCUAAACCACAGUACCUUCUAUUCUGGGACCACCAUCUAAACCACAGUACCUUCUAUUCUGGGACCACCAUCUAAACCACAGUACCUUCUAGUCUGGGACCACCAUCUAAACCACAGUACCUUCUAGUCUGGGACCACCAUCUAAACCACAGUACCUUCUAUUCUGGGACCACCAUCUAAACCACAGUACCUUCUAUUCUGGGACCACCAUCUAAACCACAGUACCUUCUAUUCUGGGACCACCAUCUAAACCACAGUACCUUCUAGUCUGGGACCACCAUCUAAACCACAGUGCCUUCUAUUCUGGGACCACCAUCUAAACCACAGUACCUUGUAUAUUGAGUCCCAAAUGGCACCCUAUCCUUUACAAAGUGCACUACUUUUGACCAGCCCUAUGGGUUAUGAUGGGGUUAGGGUCCUAUGUAGUGGAUAGGGCGCCAUUGGGGGAAACAGACAAUAUUGGCUAUUACCUAUGGACUCUGCCUGAUCUGCCAGACUGAAUGGUGUGAGGCCAACCUGUUAUACAACAUCUACCAUGACCUGUAUAGGCUCUACUUUUUUGUAUGUUUAUAAGUUGAAUAAUGUAUGUACACAUAAAUACAUUAAAGUGCUUGAUGCUAAA